GGGCGGGGCCUGGGCCGGGUAGCUCAAGAGCCCGAGAUUUCACAUCGGAAAUAAAACAGCCGCUGCUCACGAAAGAACCUCCGGUGCGAGCGGGCGGCUGCGGCGUGGAAGGAGUAGACCUAAUCCGGGAAGGAGUCUGCAGGUGACAGCAGCCCGUGAGGUCCUUAGAAAUAGUGGCCUGGAGGAGAACACAUGAAAGAAAGGACCCCAAUAAGCUUUGUUUUCUGUGAAAAGGUAUUUCUGUACAGUUGCUCCAAUGACAGAGUUACCUGCACCCUUGUCCUACUUCCAGAAUGCACAGAUGUCCGAGGACAACCACUUGAGCAGUACUGUACGUAGCCAGAAUGACGGUAAAGACCGGCAUGAGCACGGCAGCGAAAGGCGGAGGCGGGGCAACCCUGAGCCGUUGUCUAAUGGAGGACCCCAGGGUAACGCACUGCAGGUGGUGGAACAAGAUGAAGAAGAAGAUGAGGAGCUGACACUGAAAUAUGGCGCCAAACAUGUGAUCAUGCUCUUUGUCCCCGUGACUCUCUGUAUGGUGGUAGUGGUGGCUACCAUCAAAUCAGUCAGCUUUUAUACCCGGAAUGAUGGGCAGUUGAUUUAUACUCCGUUCACAGAAGACACCGAGACUGUGGGCCAAAGAGCCCUGCACUCAAUCCUGAAUGCUGCCAUCAUGAUCAGCGUCAUUGUUGUCAUGACCAUUCUCCUGGUGGCUCUGUACAAAUAUAGGUGCUACAAGGUCAUCCAUGCCUGGCUUAUUAUUUCAUCUCUAUUGUUGCUGUUCUUUUUCUCAUUCAUUUAUUUGGGGGAAGUGUUUAAGACCUACAACGUUGCCAUGGACUACAUCACUGUUGCACUCCUGAUCUGGAAUUUCGGUGUGGUGGGAAUGAUCGCCAUUCAUUGGAAAGGCCCUCUGCGGCUCCAGCAGGCCUAUCUCAUCAUGAUCAGCGCCCUCAUGGCCUUGGUGUUUAUCAAGUACCUCCCAGAGUGGACUGCGUGGCUCAUCCUGGCAGUGAUUUCAGUAUACGACUUAGUGGCUGUUUUGUGUCCAAAAGGCCCACUUCGUAUGCUGGUUGAAACAGCUCAGGAGAGAAAUGAAACUCUAUUUCCAGCCCUCAUUUACUCUUCGACCAUGGUGUGGCUGGUGAAUAUGGCGAAAGGAGACCCCGAAGCCCAGAGGAAGGCAUCCAAAAACUCCAGUUACAAUGCACAAGGCACAGAGAGUGAGCCACAAGACCCUGUGGCAGAGAGUGAUGACGGUGGCUUCAGUGAGGAGUGGGAGGCCCAGAGGGACAGUCGUCUGGGACCGCAUCGCUCCACGGCCGAGUCCCGGGCUGCCGUGCAGGAGCUGUCCAGCAGCAUCGUCGCCAGCGAGGACCCGGAGGAAAGGGGAGUGAAACUUGGAUUAGGAGAUUUCAUUUUCUACAGUGUUCUAGUCGGUAAAGCUUCUGCAACAGCCAGUGGGGACUGGAACACGACCAUCGCCUGUUUUGUAGCCAUAUUAAUUGGCCUGUGCCUUACACUGCUGCUCCUCGCCAUUUUCAAGAAAGCGCUGCCGGCUCUCCCCAUCUCCAUCACCUUCGGGCUUGUUUUCUACUUUGCCACAGAUUAUCUCGUGCAACCCUUUAUGGACCAGUUAGCAUUCCAUCAAUUUUAUAUUUAGCGGAUUUGUGAUUAGACUCCCAUGGAUUUUUCUCCUUAACUAUAAUAAAACCUGGGAAGGACAAACUUGAUUUUCCUGUGUCCACACCUAACAAAGUCAAGAUUGCCAGCUGGAUUUUUUGCAGCUUCCUUCCAAGUCUUCCUGACCACCUACACCACUGGGUACUGGAAGGAGGUGUCUACAGAAAACGGUUCUGAACAUACAUUACUGUGGUGGACUGAGUCCCUUGGUGCAAAAACUACCAGAUCUGUGGGACAAGGCCGAGGAGGCGCGACGGGCCAGGAUGGCGCUGUGCUGCCGCCAGCAGGUUGGCGCCUGGCCCAUGUGGAUCCCAUCAACACCCAGACUCUCAGGACUGCCGUUACCAAGGUUAAAUGAAGGGGUUUGAACCAAACAGGAUUCAUCAUCUUAAAUGACAUGUCGAGAAUCAGCCUGCUAAGUCUGUACUGGAUUCUAAGCCUUUUCUGGAGGUACUGUAUGGAGAGCAGGUACCAGCAGCAAAAUGGGAAGGUGGAAAGGAGUUCAGACUUUCACUUUCAGACUUUUUGCUGCCAACUUACCAUUUUUAAAUGAGUCUCUUUUUUCACCUUGAACCAAGUCAGAUGUAUAAGUUGAUUUUGACACUUUUUGUUCUCAAGCACUGACUCAUUCCCAUCUAUGGUUGCCAUUUGCUCCCGAGGCCAGUAUGGGUUUCUCUGAGGUUGCUUUAUCUUAAAAGUCUUAACCUCAGGUUCCAAAUUCAGUAAUUUCUGGAAGUAAUGGAACUCUAACUCAACAAUUCUCUAUCACCCUUAGGUAAAUUCUAGUUUAUCCCCAAAUUCCUAAUUUCUAGACAUAGUCGUAGGUUUGCUGGCCCUCGAAGCCUUCUGUCCCCCAUCUCUCCCUUCACUCCCCCCUAAGCGAUUCCCUCACGCAGCAGACAAGACAGCUCAGCCCUGUCGUGGUAGCAGAUGAUCCCGCUGUUCUAGGAUUUUACUUACCGUGGUGCGAAGACCGUGUUACAAAUCAGAGCUAUCAGCCUCGCUGUCUGAUUUCUUCAGCAGCAAAUACAACGAGUACCCAAAGACAGUAGCGUUAAAGAAGAGUAACACGGCUGGGGAAGCACUUUCUGGCCUGGUUUUUCUUUUUUGCAGUACAACCUAUUGUCUCUGAUAGUAGGUCAGAAUUUAAAACAAUAGCCAAAAGACAGUGGUUUGUAAAGUUAUGAAUCAGUUGUAUCAGUACAAAGCAAGAAUUUGGAGAAAGCUGUGACUUCACUUGGUGAGCUGGGGGAGAAGCAGGUGCCGGCAGAAGAAAGAAGGGGCCUCCAGCAGCCAGUGGGACAAAAUGCGCUAAUGUCCUGUGGGCAGAUGUGAAGGAGAAGAUCCACAUUGUUCCCCAAGAACCUCUCAGGGGGCGCCUUGCCUUCGGUUUCAACGGACCUUCGUGUGAGUUGGGCAGUGGAGCCCGGGCCGCGCAGUUCCGUUGGACGGAGAACAUAAACACAGCGAUCACCUGUGGGCGCACACACCUCUAUGGGAAGCUUUGCCGGGCACAGCCCUUCCCCAUGGUGACCGGACUGUAAGCAUCUGUGAGAAAAGCCUGGUUCCUCCACGUGGCUGGAGAAAGACCAGCUUUUCCUUUCUCCUGCUGCUCUCUCUCAGCCCGUCACACAGUCUGGUUUGGGACUGGUACUUGGGGUUAAGAAUAUUUGUUUUCUGUCAUGGAGUAUUCUUUAGAAACUACCUUCAGGAGUAGUGUGCUGGUCCUAACUAACCUGAAUGUGGGUAGAGACUGGCUCGCAUUAGGCAGUUGAGGACUGCACGAAAAAUAAGCUGUGCAAAGAAAGAGGCUGGGAGUAGUAGGUUCUCUCAUCUCUGUUUUUUUGAGCCCCCUUUUCCAAGAUUCUCUUUUUCUCUGCAGACACAUGGCAGCAUGGGUAUUCUAGAAAUAUGCACGAUUCGACAGCUACAGCAAAGCCACCUGAGUACCAGUUUGUGAUCUGAGCCGCCUUGAGGGUGCCCUGAUCUCGAGUAGUUCCUCUGCGGGGGAUCUUUCACGAAAGGCUCCUCCAAAGAGGCUGUGUGGUGUGUGUGUGUGCGCCCGAGUCCCCCCUUCGUUACUGUCCCAUGUAGAAAGAUGGCGACAAACCUGCCCCUUUCUACAAGAUGGAACCACCUCUCAGCAUAGAGGGAACACAUCUUAUUUCUUUAAAUCACCGAUCUCAGGCGCAGAACUUUCUCUUCAAAUCUUUCUAGAAUCAAUUCAUUUGUUUACUGAAAGUAUCAAAAUGUUGGUCUUUCACCAUGAAAAAUCAAUUGUCACUAGAGAGAGAACAGUAGAAAUUCCACUGAGGACGCACCCUCACGUGGCCGGGGGUGGCUGUGGAGCCCGACAGCACCCACCAUCAAGCGUGACCCGCCAAGCCAACCCCGCUCAGUGAAAAGAAGGAAAAAGUGAUGUCCACUGAUGUCACUCUGCCUGACCUCCAGAAUAAAGCAUGUUGAUGUACUGGGUGGUGCUACAGACCAGCCUGUGGACGUACCAAGGGCUCACUUCUUUGUUCUCGAUUCUCAGGAGGUUCGUGUGUAGUCUUCGGAUCAUGGCUCUCACUGUCAGUGAUUAAUUUAUCACAAGUAGUAGAAGCUUUUGAAGCAGCUUGAAACAUUCAUAACUGAGCAAAUGAUUGAUUUCACUCUAGAAGUAGCAACUAAACAGGUGGUGUUUUUCCUCUUGAACUCUCAGACCCCCAUUUCUAAAAGUUUCCCUUGGUUUUAAAAACCCUCCUUCCAUAAUAGAUGCUCGAACAAAUAAUAUGUUCAGUGCUUUCCUUCACUUGGCUUCAAAAGGCCCUACAUAAAUGGUCUCGUUCGCAAUUUGUAGAAUAUGAGGUGAAGUUAGGCUUCCACACAAGGCCCUCCGGGGUCAGGCGUCUGUUGGAAGCCUCUGACUUGGGCCCCCACAUCCAGUGCCCAGCCUUGCAUGUUUCCACAUUUGCCAUCUGGCCCUGGAAGGAAAAGGUGUCACUAUGGAAAGAUCUGUCAGGCUCUGCCAUGCUGCUGGAGUCUAACGAUGCAAAGACGAGGAAGCUCCGCCCUCGGGGUGCAGCCGCCAUUGCUUCCUUUCCUGCGCAGGCUGACUUCUCUAAAAUACCGGGUGCUUGUCAGUGACCCCUCCCAGUCACUGUUACUGAGGGCUUACAAAACCAGUGCUACAGGUGAUUUGAUUCUUCCGGAAACCUAUCCUUAAAGUACACCUUUUUCUCUAAGUUCGCCUUUGGAUAGUCGAUAAAGAACAGUUGGCCCACCAUUAUGAACCCUCACCUCCAGGGGCAUCCCGAACGUUGAGUCUGGGGAGAGACUUGAAAACUGGACAUUGGGUUUUGCCCUGGGAAGAAACAGUGUCACUGUCAUAAGUUUGAGCCCAGAAGUGAUUGAUCCUUGAAAACUCCCUGUGUUUAAAUUUCCAAAACACAGGAGAUGAAAAACAAUGGUUUCAGCCCUUCACAGCCCUUUUUGAAAUUGCCAAGCUGUGUGUACCAACAAGGCUGCCAGCAUGCUCACGUUCCCAAAUCACCCGGACGGCCUGAUCUGCACAGCCCUCCCCUCGGGUAGGAAACACCUCAGGUUCGUGUAUUAAAAAUUAGCCUGGAGCCCUGGCUGGUGUGGCUUGAGUACCAGCCUGCGAAUCAAAAGGUCACCAGUUGGAUUCUUGGUCAGGACACAUGCCUGGGUUAUAGAUCAGGUCCCCAGUGCAGGGAGACACAUGAGGCAACCAAUCAAUGUGUCUCACACAUUGGUGUUUCUCUCCCUCUCUUCCCCUCUAAAUAAAUAAAAUAUUUUUUGAAAAUCAGCCUGGAGCUGAAAUGAACACCUCAAAGCCCCUCAAACCCUCCAAAUGAACCCCAGGGCCUGGACCAAUUGCAACGUUCCCCUGAGGAGGUAGCGGGGUUGCCCUGGGCCCUGGAAUGUGGUGUUAGCACUUCAGUCCCAUCUGAGUACCAGGGAAGAUUUCCCAGGAAGCAAUUUUCCUUUUAAAAUAAAUAGUUGUUGCAACAGGGCAGCUUCAAACUCGACUGUCUGGGGUAGCGAGUGCAGGGCUGUCUGGCUUCCUGAGUGAUUGAUGGGGCUGGGAGGCCGAUUCAGCGGAUCGUUUGCGCUCACGUGCUGCUAGUCUGGCUUUUGCUUCUACAGACACCGCUUUGUACAUGAUUCAGACUGUGAAUACAUCUUUUUUAAAGAUCUUUCAAAUUCUUGAUAAGAUAAUAUUUUGAUAGAUGACUGCAGAUUUUCUUGUAUUUGUCAAAUGAAUAAAGCCCGCAUGAAUGCA